AUGAGUGAAAUUCCAUUAAUUUAUAAAGACAAGUGCUUGAUUAGACGCAAAGUUUAUCAUAUUAGUGACUCCUCUACCUUUUUCGUGACAAAAAAACUAGAAUUUAUUGAAAUCAACAAAAACCAAGAGAUUGUUAAUUAUAUUAAGUUACAAAAUAGUGAUGAGACAUUUAAUGAUGUUGAUAUACCUGAUAAGAUCCAGUUAAAGACAUAUGAACGAUUAGAUUCAUCGUUAAUACUGUUAUUUCAAUUAAGAGACAAAGUUUUUGUAAUUAAACGUAAACGGUUUGAAAUAAAGUUAAUUAAAGUAUUUCAUGAAGUAGACAGUUUUAAAAUUAAAGGUCAAAUAAAGAAUAAUGAAAACGUCGUUGUUCUGAAAAUGAAGGACGGAAGCAGUGAACAGACAUCAUUUAAUGAUGAGGAAUUUGACAAAGAAACUCGCGAAAAUAAUGUUGAAUUAAUUAAAUCGAUAGAUUCCAAUAUUAAGUACCAAAAGACAUGCAUGAUAAAAACACUCAAAAAUAUUACACUCAAGCAGCAAUUAAAAAUUUAUUUAAUGAUUGGGAAGCAAAAAUUUCUACCUAGAUUUAUGAGGCUACAUGUAAGUUCAUUAAUUUUUAUGUGCUAUGUUGUUCAAUUAAUUAAAAAAGUUCAUGUUUCUGUAAAUCCCACAUGUGAUAUAAAGGAUCCAAAUGAUGUAUCUCCAUUGGUCAGAUUUGGCUGUAUUUUUAGUCGAGUAUGUAACGAUAAACUUGUCAUCGGAAUUCCGGUUUUCAAUGCAUCCUCGCUGGAAAGGUAA